AUGAAACGGUCUAGAGAAGACAGUAACCCAAGCAGUAGUAGCGUCAAAGCCGCAAAACGUUCAAAGUCUGUUCAGGCUUGUACUUCAUGUCGAAAACACAAAACCCGCUGCGAAGUCCUCGAUACGACAUCCACAGCUAUCCGUUGUCACCGAUGCAAGACCCUCGACAUACCAUGUUCAUACGAGGAAAUGGAUAGAAGUAUUCUGAUACAGAAUGCCUCAAAGACACAGAGUCAGGCGGGUACGAUGACUCCUGCUGCCCAACAGGAGCGGGGGCAGGAUGUUUUCGAUAAAUGGGCUCUUGGUAUCGAGCCAAACCCUCCCCCUCCCCCGAUUAUUGAUUCGAAACUCCAAGCUAGUCCUCCACCUGUCUUGCCUCCUGCUCCUACGCUUCGUCGACAUCUCGCUAAACCUCAUGACAUAUGGACCUUUUUGCGGGUUCAGUACGACGAAUUGGACUGGACGGCACCACUUGAAGCUAUACAGUUCAUCACAAAACACCCAGCAAAUGAAUCAGCAUUCACGCCUUCUUCAGUUUCUUCAAUACCAAACGAUCGUAUUGAGAAUAUUCUUACGAAUGCUCAAAUAAACGACCUUUUGUUGAUAUUUUCAAAGCACUACGAGCCAUGGUUGAAUUUUACCCUUAUGAAGGGUACUGAUAGCCCACUCCUUGACCUCGUUUGUUGUACUAUUGCAGCACGACAUCUAGACGACAAUACUCGUGUAACUGUAGCCCAUAGGCUUCACACAUUGACCCAAGACAACAGUGCUAAACUCAUCUUUCAAUCCCGACGCUCCGAGUCCUUGGAAGCUAUUCAGUGCCUCUUGAUUUUAUCAUUAUGGACCCCGCUGUCCUCUGCAUCAGGGGAUUUCGGGGAUGGCCGUCUUCUAAUUGCGUCUGCGAUCAGUAUGGCCAUGAACCUCCGACUCAAUGAAGCUCCAAGUAAAACCCUGGCGUUGCUAAACUCUCAGAGGGCUGGUGAAACCGUAAACGAAUCUCAUCUUUUGGAGAUGAUGAACAAGAGUCGUCUGUGGAUAUCUCUCUCCAACGCCGAAUCACUUCUGUGUAUAGGAAGCGGUCGAGAGGCCUUGUCCAAACGCGACUCCGACUAUAUCCAACUCUUUGGUCUCUGCGAGAACCUUCCCACCGACAAGAUAGGAGGACGAGAUACGCGUCUAAGAUUUCUCGCGGACAUAUAUGAAUACACUGAAAAAGGAUUUGCCAUCAAGUUUGUGUCAGAUGCCGAACAGGACGUAAUCGAUUGGUAUCGUGCAAACGAAACUAUCCGGAAAGAAUUUUCGCAAAUUCACAGACUGGUCCUACCACUGGGCGUGGUUGCCCAGGCCGAAAAGUUUCACUUCCAGAUAAUUCUGGUGAUCCUUCACUCCUGCCGACUGCUAAGUCUCUACAAUACUAUGGUGGCUGCACGGAUGUAUUUUUACAGGCACCCCCAUCUCAAGGAUUCCGCAAAUUGGUUCAGUGCCGUCAGGCCAUACAACGACAACGUGCUCCUUGUAUACGCGAAGGAAUGUCUCGCACUCGCCGAGUGCACCCUCGUCCACUUUUUACAAACCGACGUCCUUCUCGUUGGCACAUGUCCUGACCACGUCUUUCUCAUGGUUUCAUUCGCCGCCAGUUUCCUAGUCGGUGUGAAAUUCAUGUUAGUAGAAGGAAUCCACCGACUGCUUCCCGGAUCCUCCAACACCCUUCUAUCAAUGUGCAUUGGACAUUUACGCCGUGCUGCCUAUUCACCCGAUCAUCCAGCGAAUCAGAGUGCCAACGUGCUUAGCAUCUUUGUCUCCCUUUGGGAGAACAAGGAUACUGUCAUCAAACAAUACCGCGAGUUAGUGAACCCUAAUACUCCCUCCUCUUCCAGCAAACAAUCUCUUGGUACCGAUGACCACUCGGGUUCGUUCACAACUCAAUCCCAGUCAAUGCCGCACUUGCAUUCCUCAUCAGGUUCUGUGUCGGGAGAUCAGGCAGCGUUCCAGAACCAAGUAGACUUUAGUUGGUUGAAUGACCCGUCGUUUUGGAAUGGAAUCUUGGAUACCCCUAUGUGA